AUGGAUGCAGAUUGGGACGAGGUCGCCCGCAUCCAAUUCCCGCCACCAGGAAUCCACGCCAUGCCAAGCCCGGUCACGACCAUGAUGUUCGAUACGUCGCAGGAACUGCUGUGGACUGGAAAUGACUACGGGCGCGUUACAUCCUUCUUCGGAAGCGAGUUGCAGCGAUACACCUCGUUCAAAGCACGCCUGUCCUCGGAGGGACCCGUCCGACAGAUUCUGGUCAACGAUAAAGGCGUGAUCGCUCUCGGAUCCAACGACGUCCACAUGUCUCACAGAAGGGGUUCAGCAAUAUGGCAUAUAAAGCACCAAGAUAUGCAGGACCUUCGCUGCAUGAGCUUCACUUCCAAAGGAACCACCGAGAUAAUUGUUGCCGGGAUGCAAGAGCAAAUGCUUGUCAUCGACCUCAAUAAAGGCGAAGUCGUCAAGCAGGUCCCAACCGAGCACCAAUAUAUCAUCAUGAAACGAGGCCGUUACAUUUGCGCCGCAGCGCAGAAUGGCCUUGUCAACUUACUUGACCCCGUCUCCUUUACUGUCGUCAAAUCCUGGAAUGCUCAUUCAGCGCUUAUCAACGACAUGGACGCCCAGCACGACUUCAUCGUUACAUGCGGAUACUCGCUACGACAAGGGCAGAACUAUAUGCUGGACCCUUUCCUCAACGUCUUUGAUAUCAAGAAGAUGUCGUCUAUGCCGCCAAUACCAUUCCCAGCCGGAGCCGCAUAUGUUCGCAUGCACCCGAGAAUGCUGACCACGAGCAUCGUUUUGUCACAGAGUGGCCAAAUGCACGUCGUCGAUCUCAUGAACCCAAACACCAGCAACGUCAGGCAGGCAAACGUUUUAACCUAUCUCAGCAUGUUUGAGAUUGCCCCAUCUGGGGAGGGCAUGGCACUGACAGACGCCGAAUGUCACAUCCACCUUUGGGGAUCACGUACCAAGCUCCAUUUUGUAGACCUUGCGACACCGAUUGAGUUUGCGGAUACAGAAGAACAAUUGGCCCCCAUGGACUGGUCUUCGGAGAUACCACUGAAUACCAUCGGACUACCAUACUACCGCGAUGUUCUAGCCUCUGCAUGGCCCGAUCUAGUGUCGGAUGUCGGAGCUCCGCCACCCAAACUUGACCAACAGUUCGUUUCUUCACUCAAAGCUGCUGGCUUUGCGUUGUAUGGACGUAACACGCGGGGUCUAAGACGGAAUCAGGCUGAAAAUACUCGGAGUCUCGUCAAGUCAGUCAAUGCUGGCAUCAAAACGCCCAAGUUCCUGAGUGAAAAGGCGCGCGAGUCGGCCAAGUCAGACAGCGCUGGCGAUGACAAAGCCGACGACCUUAAUAGCCCAUUGGCUGAGACUGAGAUUGAAAGCAAGAAAUCAGAAGUACCUGCCAUGUAUGGAAACGUGGAGAUCAAAUACAGCAAAUUUGGUGUUGAUGACUUCGAUUUUGGUAGCAGAUUCUACAAUAAGACAAAGUAUUCAGGACUCGAAAUUCACAUAUCAAACUCAUACGCCAACUCUCUCCUGCAGAUCAUGCACUUUAUUCCCGCCAUCCGAAACCUUGCUCUUCGUCACGCUGCUACAUCAUGUUUAAGCGAGACUUGCAUGCUGUGUGAGCUUGGCUACUUAUUCGAUAUGUUGCAAAAGGCCGAAGGAUCCAUCUGCCAGGCGACGAAUCUGCUGAAGACACUCAGCAACCAACCGCAAGCUGGCGCGCUUGGUCUUUUAGAGGAAGAUCCCCGUGGCUCUUCGCUUAAUAUGAUGCUGCAGGGCUUGACGCGCUUCCUCCUCGACAGGAUUGUACAAGACUUCCGGGUAGUAGAGGGCACCUCGGCGCCUAUGGAGCAAGUCCUUUCAACUUCCGCAACUAGCUCCAUCAUCUGCAAAUCUUGUCGCAGCGAAUAUACACACCCAAAGUCAACCUUGGUCAACGAUCUGGUAUACCCCUCUCCCAACACACAACCAACGUUUUCGUCAAAGAUGCCGAAGGUCAUAUUCUCUCAGGUUUUGAAAAAUAGCGUGGAGAGGGAGCUUAUAAAAAAAGGAUGGUGCGGAAAAUGCGGCAAAUAUAAGGAUAUUGCGACAAAGAAGACCAUUCACAGCGUCCCGUCCGUUCUGAUUUUAAAUACUGCCAUCAGCAAAGCCGAACACCGCAUGCUCUGGUCUACGCCAGGCUGGCUUCCGGAAGAGAUAGGCAUCAUUGUUGACCAGGGCCAGUUCUUCUGCUAUGAGGGGGAGGAUUUGAAACUGCACCUUCAACGUGGCAUGCACAAUAUCGCCGUCUAUUCUUUGAUUGGUAUGGCAAUCAAUAUUGAAAACGGACAAACUCAGAAGCCACAUUUAGUGUCGAUGAUCAAUGUCGCUCACGCUGAAGCAGAAGCGCCGGGUAAGAGUCAGUGGCAUCUGUUCAACGACUUCCUGGUGAGGUCUGUCAGCACAGAAGAGGCGCUCACUUUCAACCCCUCGUGGAAAGUACCGGCUGUCAUUGCCUUCCAGAUCCGGGACGCGAACAACAAGCUGGACUCGACGUGGAAAGAUCAACUUGAUAGCUCUGUCCUCUACGAAGAUAUAAACCCGCACACUCCUGAGAGCAAAACAUACCAAGUGCUCAAGCAGUUGACAGAGCAUCCAGGUCCUGACACCAUCAUUGCCCUGGAUACGGAGUUUGUGGCUGUCAGGCAACCGGAAAUUGAGAUGAACUCGGACGGCGAACGAGAAACAAUUCGCCCAAUUGUAUACGCUCUGGCAAGAGCCUCAGUUGUCCGGGGCCAAGGCGAAGAAGAAGGGUUACCGUUCAUUGAUGACUACAUCACUAUCAAGGAGCCAAUCGUGGACUACCUCACCUCUUAUUCGGGCAUCACUCAGUCAGAUCUAGACCCACGGGUCUCCCAACACAGUUUGCUACCCCUCAAAAUAGUAUACAAGAAGCUCUGGGUCCUGCUCAACCUGGGCUGCAAAUUCCUGGGGCAUGGCCUCAAGCAAGAUUUCCGCGUCAUCAACAUUCACGUACCCAAGUCACAGAUUAUCGACACGAUUGACCUCUUCUUCCUCAAGACGCGAUUGCGGAAACUGUCGCUUGCGUUCCUCGCCUGGUACCUGCUCAAAGAGGACAUCCAGAUGGAAACGCACGACUCCAUCGAGGAUUCGCGCACCGCGCUCAAGCUAUAUAGAAAGUACCUCGAGUUCGAAGACGCCGGGAUCCUGGAGCCGAUGUUGCAGGACAUAUAUCGCGCCGGGCGCGACGUCAACUUCAAGCCGCUGCGCAAGGAUGGCCAGGACGUGGAGCGCACGGACACGCCGCCGCUGUCGGUGGACGGGAGCGGCAACGGCGGCAGCGUGGCUCCAUCGACACCGGUGAGGCGAGCCGCGACGCUGGCGACGCCGGGGUUUGGAGGGGGUGCGUGGACGCCCGGAAAGGGCUCGCCGCUGAGAUAG